AUGGUCCCACCAGGGACUCAAUGUUUUGAUAACGAUUUUUUAAAAAAUAAAAUGGAAAUUGCUCAUCCUUCUAAGUUAAUAAAAAAAGAUGAAUUAAUGUAUUAUAAGAAGAAUGAUGAUGCAUCAUUAACAUCUAUUUAUGAUAUAACUCAACAAUUUUCUAGAAUGACUUAUAAAGAUACCAUUUAUUUAGGUAUUGUACCAAUUUCUGAAGCUUUACCAAAAACUGGAUAUGGACAUUUUUACUUAUAUCAUCUUUAUAAAAAAGAAAUAAAGAAUAUUAAAGACUUGGAUAUUUCAUUAAAAUUAUUUGCUCUUGUAAAAACAUCUCCUGAUGUUGGAUUACAUAUUCCUGUUGUUAAAAAACCUGGAUACACCACAACUUCCACGUCAAUGAAAAAUUACUAUGCAUUGGGAUCAUUUGAUAACAAUAAAAGAAAAUUUGAAAGUAUUGAUAAGUUGAUUGAUUACUAUAAACAAGUUAAUCCCAUAGAAAUAUUAAAAGAUAAUAAGAAACUUUUGAAUGAUUAUAAAGUUAUUGAAACUCGUAUUGAUAUACCUGGGGUAGCUAAUAAGCAUUCUUCAAAUACUGAUUCAUCUUUAAUAUCAGAUAUUAAAAAACAACCUGUUAAUGAUAGUGAUUACAAAAAUAUCACUAAGAAAGAUACAAUAAAGAAUAUAUCUAAAAUAAAAAAUCAAACUAAUAAAGGUAGCUCCAAUAAUAAUUCUUAUACUUCUAAGUCGUCACUUUAUAAAACAGAAGAAAAACCUAAAAUAACAUGUAAAUUUAUAAAAUCUGGAUAUAAAAAUAUUGUUGAUUUUACCAAUUUACAAAAAUGGGAAUACCUAAAAUCAUUAAGAAAUCAAAGAUACUUUGAUGAUCAAUUACAUUCAAGCUCAACAUCUGGAUGUUUAAAAUCAACUGAUUCAUCAUCAAAAUUAAUUAAAAAGUCAACUGUCCAAAAAAAAAAUAAAUCUGAAAAAUUAAAAAGAGAUGAAAACUUUUAUACUGAUUUUUUCUUUGGAUCAAUAAGAAGAAAAGAAGCUAAAAAAAAAGUAAAAAAACCAUUUGACUUUGCUUUUUAUGUUCGUAAAUCAAAAAAGAACCCAAAAAAAGUAUUGUAUCUAGUAUACAAACCACUCAAAGGAAAACCAAUUCAUCUUAAAAUAAUUAAAAAAAGAGAUACAGAAUUUAAUGAUACAAAAGCUUCAAAAAAACAUUUAUAUGCUGUCAUUACACCAUAUAAAACUUAUGAUUAUUUUAGUAAAUAUGAAGAAAUGGUUGACUAUUAUUAUGAUAGAAUUGAAAGAGUUAAGGAAUUGUAUUGCCAAUUUAUUAGAUAA